GACAUCCCCAGAAUGUUGCAUAAGUAUGGUGGCACAUUUACCCAAUUAGCUGAUGAGUGCAUUGACGAGUUUGUCACUGAUUACAUGAAACACGCAGAAGAAGAAGCUAAGUUGGAUGAGCAAAUGCGGCUCUUUCCUAAGCUGAAGCCAAUAUGUGACGAUGAUGUUGUUCGUGACCACAUGAACAUAUGGAUUGAUAAAUACCUUGAGAAAAACGGUAAAAAAUAUGCAUUGAAAGGUCACACUGAUCCACCUACGGAUAAGAAAAUGUCUGAUAAAUGGAAAGUGGUGCAUAACUAUUCUUGCCCGUUUGAUGUUUUAGGUCAAGCCUUUACAGAAGGAAAGACACAGGGCGAUGUUACACGAAAGCUGGAGGUCUGUUCGCAUCACUAUCCCUCCUAUGGAUCUUAUUUGAGGAAUAAGGAUUUAGCUGAAGAAUCCUGUGCAAGUGAUAAUGCUUAG